CGAGGCUGGGCGAGGAAUCCGGAGGGGAGAUUUUCCUCAUGCUCAGGGUUGUUGCAAGCUGGAAGAGUGAGCGGGAGGACGACGAGGAUUCGUGGCGCUCUCGACCUACUACAAGACUGACGAGGGGAGGGGGCACCUAGAUUUGCAUCUUUUCUUCGUGGUCUUUGAGAACUGCAGGUUCAAUCCGAUCCUACUGAGCGCUGGCGAUUGAUUAUAAAAAAAAAAAACAAAACACCCGGCCCUGGGAGAAGGGAGGCUCUGUCUUCGGCUGUCAGACUGAAUCUCGGAGGAGGUGGUGUUGGGGUGUGUGUGUGGUGGUGGUUUUUUUUUUUUCUUUUCCUUUUUUUUUUUCCUUUCUUUCUUUCUUUCCUUUUUUUUUUUUUCUUUUUCCCUUCUCUCCUAGGGGCUACACAAUGGCAGUCUCCUCUCAGUAAGAUGAACCCUGCUUCGCCUUCUGCAGAUCCACCCAUCUUCCUAGCGAUCAAGUAAAAGGCUAUGGUUUUCUCUUUGGGGAUCUUUUGUGCAUUACUGCUCUCCCUGAUUAGUUUUGGUCUCAGUUGGGAUUUCUUUGCUUUUUUGUUUGGCUUCAUGCUGAAAAAGGAUUUUUUCCCCAACCUUUUGGUAAUAAUCCGAUGGUGACCAAGGGGGGAUAAAUCAUUCACCCUGGCCGAAAAAAAACAAUCGCUGAGAAGUCUCAAAGAAAUAUACCACGUGAGGGGAAAGAACUGGGAGAAGAUCCGGAAUAUUAUCGUUUUUCCUAUGGUAAAACCGGUGCCCCUCUUCAGGAGAACUGAUUUCAAAUUAUUAUUAUGCAACCACAAGGAUCUCUUCUUUCUCAGGGUGUCUAAGCUGCUGGAUUGCUUUUCGCCCAAAUCAAUGUGGUUUCUUUGGAACAUUUUCAGCAAAGGAACGCAUAUGCUGCAGUGUCUUUGUGGCAAGAGUCUUAAGAAAAACAAGAACCCAACUGAUCCCCAGCUCAAGGGCAUAGUGACCAGGUUAUAUUGCAGACAAGGCUACUACUUGCAAAUGCACCCCGAUGGAGCUCUCGAUGGGACCAAGGAUGACAGCACUAAUUCUACACUCUUCAACCUCAUACCAGUGGGACUGCGCGUUGUUGCCAUCCAGGGAGUGAAGACAGGGUUGUAUAUAGCCAUGAAUGGAGAAGGUUACCUCUACCCAUCAGAACUUUUUACCCCUGAAUGCAAAUUUAAAGAAUCUGUUUUUGAAAAUUAUUAUGUAAUCUACUCAUCCAUGCUGUACAGACAACAAGAAUCUGGUAGAGCCUGGUUUUUGGGAUUAAAUAAAGAAGGGCAAGUUAUGAAAGGAAACAGAGUAAAGAAAACCAAACCAGCAGCUCAUUUUCUACCCAAGCCAUUGGAAGUUGCCAUGUACCGAGAACCAUCCUUGCAUGAUGUUGGGGAAACGGUCCCGAAGACUGGGGUGACGCCGAGUAAAAGCACAAGCGCGUCUGCAAUCAUGAACGGAGGGAAACCAGUCAACAAGAGUAAGACGACAUAGCCAGAUCCCCACAGGUGUUGUGACUUGUCCGUCCUGAGCACAGUUGAGUGAUUUAUCCUUACCAGACACUCCUGCUCCGUGGCUAACGAGCUGCUGCCAGUCAGCCCAGGCUUGCUCUGCGCUGUCUCGGAACUUCUCUGUUGCAAGUGGAUAAAUCUCAAUCUGUUGCACCCCCCCAAGAAGACACCUGGAUAACCAGCUAACUCAGACCAUGGAAUGCCCUACCAGAUAUGGAAUGCCUUUUUAAUAUCUUUUCUGUGACUGUGACACUUCAUGUGAAUGACAUCCUGACACACUUCACAAGUACACUCCAUACCUUGCCUGCUGACAGCUACCCAUAAUCCUUUUUGAGUCCUGUUUCAGCGAGAUCCAUGUGUUUCAGUUCAGUUUUGUAGCACACAGAUAAUACUGAGUAAUUUCUAGUUAGACGCUAUAAACCUGUGCUAUUCUGGAUUUCUCUUCUUCCCACUUUUACAGGGCUGCUCGCUCCAUUGUCUGUGACCUUUUGCAGGGAUUGUGUUCCUCCAAACCUUCAAUGUUGCAGUUGGCUUAGUUGGGAGAGCAAUCAGGGAAUGGGGAAGUCUUCUAAAUCUAUUAUUAUAAAUCGCAUCUAUAAAGAUUAAGAUCGUUGUCUCUGGCUCACACUAUUGAUUAAACACACAUAUAUGCUCUAUCUAGUAGCAAAUACUGUGCUCCCGAGGUCGGCAUUGUCUGGGUGGGAAAGGGUCAAACACAGUCCACGGGAAGCUCUCUCUGAUACGUGUUUGAUGCCCCCUCUAGUUUCUUUGUGCGUGUGUGUUUUAUACAUAUCACAAGCUUACUGGUAAUGGUAACAUUUGCCUUGCCCAGCGAGCAAGACCCACUGGUUUUUGAGAAAGUGGGUCCAACGAAUUCUGUAGGCCUUGUAGGCCUGAUUAAGGUUCAUUUUUCAUCUAUUAAUUCUCAUUAUUUGGAAAAAAAAAAAAGACAGAGAAAUCAAUACUUACAACCUACAAGAAUUGCACUACCUAAGUCCAUUUCCGGUAUACUCCUUCCUGUUUUUAAUGAACCACACUCAAUGCCACCCCCGUUUCGGGCUGCAUUCCACUCAUACUCAGCAGAGCAUGGGCAAGGCGGCUGUUGUGUUCUUUUCUGCAGCAGCAAUGCAAACGUUAGUUACAAAUUAGACUUUAAUAUUUUUGGUGUUUAAUGACAAGUUUUUAAACUGGACAUAUUAGAAAAAACUAUUUUUUUUAGCUCAGCAUGCUGAGUCUGGUACUGUGUAUUUUACCAGUACAUGCCUCUAACUCAGCGUUUGGGGCCCCCAUUGCCCAAUGCCUGGUUUAGAGGUGCCUUGUCAUGAUCUCUGAAUACAGUCUGUUAAACUAUCCUAGAUACAAACAAAGGCAAACCAACACAUUCACGCAUCAGGAUCUUGGUCAAUUCAAUUCCUUUGCUUUGUUUUCUUCUGCUUUCUUAAUUUCCUUUUUAACUUAAUACUGCUGAUACUACUGAGAUAGGCCAGGAAGAGCUGGCUUCACAGAGAAGAUUCCAGGCAAAGGGUUCAUGAUUGGACAUAAAGAAUUUCAAAAUGUUUAAGACCACAUUGUUUGGAAAUAUAUUUUGUAACUCUGUGUACACUUAAUAAAAUUCAAUGUUUUGUUCUCGGAAGAGUUAAUUAAUACCAAACUGAACCUCAUUUAUACACAACUUUAUGUGGGAUCAAUGUACUUGGCCUCUUGUUAUUAUUUCUGUGUGGAAGGAUGACCCAGUUGCCAUUUUUCCCCAUCUGCACUGUAUUUAUUGGGAAAUUAUUUUGUCACUGCUUUCAUAAAUCUACAUGACAGCCCUUGCCCAGCAUUAAAAAUUUUGGCCUGCUUAGCUGAUUAAAGGUUUAGUAUCAAUUUACCUGUUUAUGCUUAUUUCAUUUUCAUAUUGGAUUCUACUUGAAUAAAUAAAAAGUUAGCA